GCGUUCUCGCGCAGGAGGAGUCGAGUUAGCGCAACAACCUGUGCGCGGCUAGCUCCACACCAAACGGAUUUAUUCAUUCUGGGAGUGGAACUGAUCAAAUAUAUAUUAAUAUAAACAUAAAUAAAAGCGGAGUCCACUUUCACUAUCAACGGAGACUUCUAUGCGACAUUUAGUUAUUUAUUUUUUAUUGUCUAAAGCAAGUGGAACUAGAGAAUUUACACCGAUGCUAGCCGGAACCCAUACAACAUUAACCGCUUGCGAAAGCUAAGCUAAGCUAAGCUAACACGAAAUUUACAACCUGACCGGUCAACGGAGUGAAGUUUUCCUCUUUUAAUUCUGCACGACAUUAUUAUUAUUAUUUUUUUUUUGCCGUGCCGUAUUGUCACAGAUUCUCACCGAAAUCGGAAAAAAGGGCGCCUCCGCAAACGAAGCUGUGGAGGGGGAAAAGCGGAUAACAUCCUCACCGGGCGGACGUCGCGCAUCCUGCCGGCUUGCGGAGAGGAGCGAUGGCCGAGGUCUCAGCCCUCACCCCUUCUCCUCCGGCGAUGGCGGAUCAGUCAGUAGCUCCUCCUCCUCCCUCCUCUGCUCCCUCCCUCCCUGCAGAGUCACCUAAACCCGUCGCUGUCCCAAAAUCCGCUUUGUAUGGAGACCGAGCUGUAAUGGCUGCCGCUGCAUCAGCACCGCCACUUAAAGAGACCUCUGUCCCUUUCUCGCACUCCGGGAAUGCACUGUCUGAGAAUCCUCCUCCUAUUACAGCUGCUUCUGAAAGCGAUUGUCCUCCCAACCGAGGAACAGAAGGUUUCCCCACAAUGUCUGAGCCUUUAACGCAGCAAAACAUCUCCCCAGAACCACCGGGAGGAGCGGCAGAUCCUGAAGCGCUGCCGUUUCCAGCACAAAAUCCCUCAACGCAACUCAAUCUGACCUCAAACUCCACAUCCUCGUCACACACGCCUCCUCGGUCUCCUCCGUCUCUCGUCCCCUACGUCUCAGAUCCGUUGGCAGACCUGAAAUCCGAUCUUCCCUCUCUCAUGGUUCACGAUUCGUCAUUGCCGUAUGUAGUACCACCCCCUGCUCAAUCAGGACCCGCCCUAGACACACUGAGCUAUCUGGAGUCAGCGAGCAUGAUGUCAGGAACGCUGGAGUCUCUGUCGGGCAUCGGCGACGAUGGAAGCUCGCUCGGGUCGGACUCGGAGCUCAACGGCCCGGUUCUGAGACGCACAGAUAAAUACGGCUUCCUCGGAGGAGCGCAGUACAGCGAGAGCAAUGUGGUGGAGGUCAGUGUGGAGGUGGCACGGCACCGAGAGAUGAAGUGGUUGGACAUGUUCAAAAACUGGGACAAGUGGAUCUCUCGCCGCUUCCCCAAGGUAAAGCUGCGCUGUAGGAAGGGAAUCCCGUCGUCUCUGAGAGCUCGAGCCUGGCAGCUUCUCUCCAACAGCGAGGAGCUUCUGAUGGCAAACGCCGGCAAGUUCGAGGAACUGGAGAGAGAGCCGGGAGAUCCGAAGUGGCUGGAUAUCAUCGAGAAGGACUUACACAGGCAGUUUCCCUUCCACGAGAUGUUCGCUGCUCGAGGAGGCCACGGUCAGCAGGAUCUGUACCGUAUACUGAAGGCUUAUACCAUCUAUCGGCCUGAUGAAGGCUACUGUCAAGCUCAGGCUCCUGUGGCUGCGGUCCUGCUGAUGCACAUGCCUGCAGAGCAAGCGUUUUGGUGUCUGGUGCAGAUUUGUGAGAAAUACCUGCCUGGCUACUACAGCGCUGGACUGGAAGCAAUCCAGCUUGACGGAGAGAUUUUCUUCUCUCUGCUGAGGCGUGUGUGCCCCAUGGCCUACCGCCAUCUGAAGAAGUUUAAGAUUGACCCCAUCCUGUACAUGACCGAGUGGUUCAUGUGCAUCUUCUCCCGCACGCUACCGUGGUCCUGCGUCCUCCGCGUCUGGGACAUGUUCUUCUGCGAAGGGGUGAAGAUCGUGUUCCGUGUGGGUCUGGUCUUACUGAAGCAGAUGCUGGGUUCUGUGGAUAAACUGCGGGAGCUGCAGGGAAUGUACGAGACCAUGGAGCGCCUGAGGAACAUCUCACCAGACAGCAUCAGAGAGGAAAUACUGGUUCACGAGGUUACUGUUCUCCCUGUGACUGAGGCUUUGAUCGAGAGGGAGUGCGCUGUCCAGGUGAAGAAGUGGCGUGAGUCUCGUGGUGCCCUAACGCACCAGCCGGGCCGCAGGCUUCACGGCACACGAGACAUCCACGAGCAGAAGCGCCGCGCCGCCGCCAUCAGCUCUGGGGGAAGUCUGUCCUUCCUGGGCAGCUCCAUGUCCCCUCCGCCACCCGGCCCCCUGCGCUCCUCUUCCAGCCUCCUCUCUCUUCCCGGCUUCCGGAAAUCCAAAAAUCCAUUCUCUCACGGUAAAAAGAGCUCUUUUUCUGGGCCUUUCGACCCGGAAACCCAGGUGUUUGGGGGCGGGACUCCUAUAAUGAUAACAGCCUCAUCCGGGCCACCACGCCCUCCCAUUUCUUCAGCGGCCCCGCCCCCUGGAGGCGCAGGAGGGCACAGGCCUAGUCCUUUAGCAACAAAACCCCCAACUGCACCAAAAUCUCCAGUGUCAAAUUCUGAAUCAACACCAGAACCAACAUCAGCGCCAAAAUCCAAACCAGAACCAAUAUCGGUGCCGAAAUCUGAACCAGAACCAACAUCAGCGCAGAAAACAGAACCAGAACCUGCACGAGUAUCAAACUCUGAGCCAGAAUCUGGACCACAACCCCCAUCAGAGCCAGCAUCAGAGCCAAAAUCCAGCAAGGAAUCUGCACAUCCUCCAAUCCCAAACCAGCUCCAGCCCCCUAGAGUAGUCUCGGAGCAAGUUACACCAACAAUCCCGUCUCCCACGGCCAACAACAUGCCUCUGCCUCCCUGCGAGGACGAGGGCAAGAAGAAGAAAAAGAGCAAGGAGGAGAAGAAGAAAGGGAAGGAGGAGGAGAAACAGAAGGCACGAGAGAAGAAGGAACGCGAAAAGGCGGAGAAGGAGAAAGCGAAGAAGGAGAAGGAGAGGGCCGAGAAGAAGAAGGAGAAAGGGGGCAAAAAGAAGGACAAAGCCGCAAGCGCUGAGGCGGAGGAGAAGAACGGAGCCGCCGCGGCGAAAAACGUGGCCUAGUUUUCGGGACAAAAGAGGCGAAUAGAGCACAAAGGAAGGGAUGUUUUUCGUCUUAAAGAGAACUGAAUUAUGUUUUGUGGCUCUGAAUCCUUUCUCAUUUACAGUCACAUCCAUUAGAAGAGAUAUUAAACACACACACACACACACAGUCAGUCUGUAAAUAGAUCAGUAAGUCAUUAUUUAGUAAGUCAUCCAACCAUAAAACAGUCAUCCGAUCCCUCUACAUCAGGCAGUGACCCUUAAUAGAGAUUGUCCUUGUCGUAGACUAAACAAGGAGCCCGUAUUUAUUAACAUGUUGUCUGUUAGCGUGUGCUUGUGCGUGUUUACAUGUUUGUGUAGUAGUGUAGUGUCGCUGUCCGGUGUUUCUGACUUGACCUGUAGGAGGCGUGCUUUCUUUCAUCCUUCACGAUGAAAUGAAAAGAAAAAAAAGUGAAUGAUGUCUGGUUUAGCCGCUAGAGGGACCGGAAGCGCAUACUGAACUGAAACUCUGAGGUUUGUUUGGUACUGUGGUCAGAAUAGCAUGACUUCCUACCUGACUAACACUCUUUGGCCAUCUUCUUAAUCUUAAUAUCUUAGGAGUCAUGUUUUCUCGCUCUAUUUCAACUAUCUGAUGGUCUUUGUAUGUCUCUCUAAGCUUUGUAGAUGGGACUAAGGCUGGGCGAUAUGACAAAAAGUUUCAUAUCACAAUAUACAAACUACCAGCAAAAAUCUGUGGAAAAAGCCUUUUGGUGAUACUUUUAUCGAAUGUCUACAAAAAUAAAAUAUAAUAAUACAAAAAUAAAUUGCUUAAAACUGAUAAAGAGGAGGGUGACAUGAUGGUUGCCGCUUCACAGCUCCAGUUCCAGUGUCUCACUUUCACUCCUGAGCUCGGAUGUAGAGUUUUACGUGUUCUUGACAUGUGCGUUUCCUCCGACCUCCUAAAAACAUGCUGAUGCACAAAAAUUGACCUUAGGUUUGAGUGUGUGCUCGCGUGGUGCCCUGAGUGUAUUCCUGCCUCACGUCCAGUGUUCCUGGGAUAGGAUCCUGAUCCACUGUGACUUGGACCAGGAUAAAGUGCUUACUUAAGAUAAACGAGAAAGGAAAAAAAAAAAUCAGUAAUAGUAUUUUACAAUUUUAAAGACUAAGUACAAAAUGUUAACAGGAAAAAAAUUUGCUUCCAUUUAGAGUAAAUAUUGUUUAAAAAAAUUUUGAAAACAAAAUCACCAUCACAAUGUUAUCUCAGAAAAGUGUAUUGUGAAAUAAUUUAUCAGAAUAUUGACAUUAUAUUGUCACAUCACUCAGCCCUAGACUCUGUUAUAUUUGUAGUCUCUCGGUCACACUUUUUUUUUUAAAUCUCUUGCUCGUUUUUAUAUAUAUUUCUAUUGUCCCUGUGCUUCCUUUCUCUCUCUCUCUCUAGCUCUCGAUUGCUCUCUCCUCUCCAUGACCCUCUUGUCUGUUUGGCUCUAAUUAACCCUGAUGAUAUUUUCCACCCUGUUUAAGCGUGAACUGGAAUCUCGGUAUUACCCGGCAGUCGGCAGAGUAAACUGAAAAAGCAUAAUGGUGCAACAUGACUGCAAUAUCUUAACGUAUAGGGGAGAAUUAAAUGUCUGGACUUAACUCGAUGUUGGUUAAACCUGCUUGGACUUUGACCUCAGACUCCUAUUUAUUUGCUUGUCGAUGAAGGAAUUAGUCUGUUUGCACUGAACCCUCUUUAUUUUUAUUUUGUUUUUGUUUUUUUUGUCCUUAAAAGCACCACUAAUAUUUGAUUUGCGUUGUUGCGUCUUUCUGAUGUUAAUGAAUAAUGAUGUUCAGUAGCAUUAACAUCUGAGCUCAUAACCUUUAGGGCUCGAUUGCAUUUGUCGAUGUACAGUUUGUUAAUUUAACCAGAUGAACAAUUAUAUUAUGUAUUAUUCCUGUUCUUUAUCGUAUUUUAGAUUGUAUUAUUGUUAUUUUUUCUAUGCAAGAAACCAGAGGCCUGCGUGACUGGAAGUGUAGCGGCUUUUAGAGGAAAUUGAGGAUGUAUUUUAAAGUCAUCAUUUCUUAGUUUUUUGGUUGUUGUGGGUUUUUUUUUUUUUUUUUUCCUUUACAUUUUCUUUCCCAGAAUUUUGGAGAACAAAACCAAGGAGUAGUGUUUUUUUUUUUUUUUUUUUUUUUUGGUCUGUUCUAUGACAGUAUUUAGUGCCUGCAAAGGUUGGUUUACUUUCUCACACUUUAAAUUCACAGAUUUACAAUGUGUUAGAAAAUGUUGACAAUCAGCCGAAAUGUUUGCUACAAGGCUAAUGUAGCUAACAAGUGAUGGAUCUCACUAAAUCUUAUGCGUAAAAUCUCAGACACUGUUAAGGUUCAUAAUCGCAAUCUUAAACAGUGUUGUGAAGGAGCAGGGAGAGUCCAAGUUCGAAAUUGAGCUCUAUUAUACUCACAAGUAGGGUUUGGAAGCGGGGUCUAAGGAGCAAAUAAAACUAUGCAGUGUUUAGUGUGUUUGAAUGGUGCAGGUUUUUUUAGGCAGGUCAGAACACAGCUAACAAACUCGACUAUGGACCAAACAACUGGUCCAAGAGCAUCUGAGUGACCGCAGUGAGAGAGAGAGUCGACUCUGAUUCGACUCUGACUGCAGGAAGUGACUCAAACAAGCCGUGUUUUUUCAGGUUGCAGCGUGUUUUUUUUUUUUUUUUUGGGUAAAUGUGAGCUGCUAAACUGAUCCAUGAACUGCAAAUUAAAGCCAAAGGACGGAGCUGUAGUGCUGCAGAAAUGUUUUGUGUUCUACAGAUUUGGGCCAAUGAACAAAAAGAGAAAUAAACACUGGAUGUGACACACAAAGUGUUUUAGAUUUAUAUAGAUAAUUAUCUAUACCUUUUUCUAUUGCAGUGUUUUUUUGUAUUGUGUGUAGUGUUAAAACAAACCAAAGGUAUCAGUUUUGCUGUCUAAUUUGGACUAAAAAUAAGAAUAAUGUGUGAAAAAACAAGCCUUACACAAAACAUUUUGGGGGAGAUUAUAUUCCGUUACGUGUUCUCUACGUCAGCUUUGAAGCAAACACGUCUUGGCUGGUUGACUGAUUAACAUUUUUCAAUAAACUAUUCUUUAAGAUUGUUUUAAUGCAUUACACCCCAUUUGUCAGCAACUUUUUUUUUUUAUUAUUAUUAUUAUUUAAGUUGGAGUUGGAGGUUUGAGUCUGUACUGUAGAAAUAUAUUAUGGGAUGUGUUCUUGCAUCGUCUCGGUGAACCACUGGAACAUUUCAGACAGCAGUGUGUAGAUGUUUCUAAACAAACUCCACCCCUUGAGGCACUCCGCAGUAUUACGCAACAAAAACUGAUCAGCACUUUGGAACCCGGACUGUACCAUCGGGACUCUCUGAGAACAUUAAUGUGAUGUGUGACUGUCGAGCUGCAAGAUGACAUGUGUUUCCACUCGUGGUCCUGUUCUCUGGUGCUGUGUUGUGGUUUUUUUUUGUUCCCUCCUCACCUCUAGGUGGAGCCAUUUUUAGUUUUUUUUUUUGUUGUUGUUUUUCCAAAACCAUGCUUCACCUGCGCCACUUUAGCAGCUGUGUUCCAAUUCUGUUUUUAACUCGCCCUUCUCCAGUCCUUGGUGUCAUACUGACAGUUCCGACAUUUUUAUUAGAAGAUCAUUUGAUGAUGUUGAAGAUGAGUGUAGACUUCAGGAGCCCAGACUUCAUUUUACCCAGAAGGCAUUGCUACAGAUAAAGAAUAACAAACGAAGCUGUUUGCACUUAAACAGAAGCAAUAAGAAGAUCUUAAAUGUUUCACAAAAAUUUGACUUUCCUCUGCAAGAUGAUACGAGACUUUAAACAUUGUUGGUAUCAAUCUCCAAGGGUUCAUGAGGGCGUUUUAUAAACCGUGUCGGAACACAGGGUGUGUCUAUGCAAACCCUAAAACCCCAAGACUGUCUCCUGUGAGGCGUGUUCUUUCAUUUCUCUCUGAGGAAAGAAAUGAAAGGGGAAAAAAGUGAGCCACAUCUGGUUCGGCCACUAGAGGGAGCGGAGGGACAGACUGAACUUCAGAAACGGUACUUUGCUCAGAACUGUCCAAGUUUUGGUGAUUAUUGUGUGACUGAAUAUGCAAAAAAAAAUCCAGUUUUAAACCUCUACAGCUUCAAGCAGUCUGAAGAAAUUAACAUUUAAGAGUCAGUGUUUUAGCUUCAGCACUGAAAUGAGGCUUCAGAACAUGGGAUAAUUUGGAAUCGGAUGUGUCUCGAUUAUCAUUUUGUUCCCCCACAAGAACCAGCAACCAAGAACCUUUUUAAAAAAUACCCCAUGUUUCUGUUGGUUUAAGAGAUGAAACUUCAUCAGAAUGUGGCAUUUUUGUCAUGAAAAAGCUACAGACUGAGUAUUAGAUAAUGACUACACACCAAGAGGACAGACCCAUGCUUUUAUUGCUGGAGUGGUCAUGUGAUCAUUUUUAUUUUAACAGCAGCCAUGUAAAUAUCUUGAGCUGUUUGAAAUGAUGUCACCACCAUCUUGGCUCUUUUGCGUUGUAAAAGCGUCGGCUCUGUGUUAGUGGAAAAAAAGACUAUCUGUAAUGUUCCAUGUUCUGGAAUAGGCAUGUGCUGAUGUUACUCUUUCAUACUGCGAUAAUUGCUUAAACUAUAUCGCAAAUACAUUAUUUACAAACAAUACCACAAUUAGUAACUACUGAUUUUUCACAGAAGUGACACUUAUGUCCAUUAAGUUUCAAACUUUCAGUGGUCCAGCUCCUAGAACCAUUCAAAUAAACUACCUUUAGAGAAUAUAUGUACUUAAGCUGCGUCCUGAAUGAGACAAAAGUUGUAUCUGGCUAAAGCUCCGCCCACUGAGGCAGCCCUCGUCUAAUGAAACACAGGGUUUUUUUUUUGUUUUUUGUUUUU